AUGGUUCUGAUCCGCGUUGCCGUCAUUGGUGGUGGCCCUGGUGGCCUGGUCGCCCUCAAGACCCUGCUCGACAACUCGACGCCCGAACAGCCCAUCGAGGCUUGCCUGUUCGAGGCCGAGGAUGACAUUGGCGGCACCUUCAAGUACCGCGCCUACGAGAAUGCUGAGCUCGUGAGCUCCAAGCAGCUCACCUCCUUCUCCGACUUCCGCUUUCCCCCGGGCACCCCCGACCACGUCACCCUCCCGCAGUACGUCGAGUAUCUGCGCUCCUAUGCCGACCACUUCAAGCUGUGGCCACACAUCCGGCUCGGCUGCCGGGUUGCGGCCAUCGAGCCGUGUGCCGACAGUGCUUCCAAGUGGAAGCACCAGGUCGUGUACAAGGACAAGGACAUGCCAGAGGCGCCAGCCGUGUACAGAUGCUCCCACAUUGCCAUAUGCACCGGUCUCCAUGUUGAACCCAAUGUCCCUACGAUCCCAGGCUCCGAGCACGUCAAGGGCGACAUCUUCCACUCGGCCAGCUACAAGGGCCGGGCUCAGUUGGCACACCGCGAUGUGCUGAUUCUUGGUUGUGGAGAGACCGCAAUGGAUAUCGCAUACGAGGCCAUCAAGGCCGACGCCAAGUCGGUGACAAUGUGCUUCCGGACCGGCUUUCUCUCGUUCCCAAAGCAGCUGAGCCGCUUCCAGGUGUUCGGCAAGGCCUUCAAAGGCGGCUUGCCCAUCGACGGGCUCAUCACCAACCUCUUCGAGACGGCCUACGUACACAGCGCCAUAGCCAACAGCCGCCUGCGGUGGUUCGUGUCUGACUUUGUCAUCAAGCGUGUGCUGUGGUUCCUCGCAGGCUCGACGGCCGGCAUGAACCAGCACGUCGGCGGACUACCCAACGACCGGUUGGGUAGAGCCUACGUCUUCCUCAACAAGAGUAACAAAGCCAUGCCUUAUCUCAAUCGGCCCUGGAAGCAGAGUAACUGGCUCCUCGACCUCGUGGGCAACAAGUACAUUGAUCCGCCCGAGGACGCCCAGUCGGACCGCUGGGUAGACACUUGCACCUUCCCGACAGGAUUCGAUGGCUCCGGCCGAGCCAUGUUCGAAGAGCGACCUGACAGGAAGGACUGGGUGCGGAUGAAGGACAAAGUUGUUCGUCCAGACUGUGUCGUUCUAUGCACAGGAUACAAACAAACCUUCAGCCUCCUCCACCCUUCUUACCCGACCGCAUCUUCCGCCACGGUCCGCAACAUCAUCAACCCGUCCCACCCGGACAUCGCCUUCAUCGGGUUUGUCCGCCCGGGCGUCGGCGCGAUCCCGCCCAUCGCAGAGCAGCAGUCCCUGUGGUACACGGCGCUCAUCACAAACCGCAUGCCCUUGUCCGUGCCCAUGUCCAGCCCGCCGCACUACCACCUCCUCGCCAAGUCCACGGCGCGGAUCCAGUACGGCGUCGACCACAGCGCCUACAUGUCCCAGCUCGGCCGGGACUUUGGCGGCGCCCCGGGCAUCCCGGCCUUGCUGCGCGCGCACGGCCUGCACGUCACCCUGAUAUACUGCUUCGGCGCGAGCUUCUGCACGUUCUACCGGCUCCUCGGCCCGUUUGCGUUCCCGGGCGCCGUGGACAUCACAAAGGGCGAGCUGGCAGAGACGAUUUACCGCCGCGGCCUCCUGGGAAACCUGUUCUUUGGGCUGAUCCCGAUGGUGUUCUAUGGCUUGCUCAACGCGCUCGCGUGGGUGCUCGAGAAGGUCGGGACGCGAAGGAGAUGA